GGCGGGUGCCGCAUAGCUGCUUUCCGCUGGUGCUGUUCCUUACCGCUUUCGCCAGGCAUCUGCAUCUUGGGCCUCCUUUCUGGGCUGACUCAUCAAGGAGGAGGAAGCAGCAAUGUCUGCCGUGGGGGUUGCAGCUUCCCACCUGCAUCAUCUUGGUGACAGUCACAGUGGCCGGGUGAAUUUUCUGGGGGCCCAGCUCCCUCCAGUGGUGGCAGCAAUGGCCCGGCUCCUGGAGGACCUGGACAGGAGCACAUUCAGAAAGCUGCUGAAGCUUGUGGUCAGCAGUCUGCAGGGGGAGGACUGCCAGGAGGCAGUACAGCGUCUUGGGGCCAGUGCCAACCUGCCAGAGGAGCGGCUGAGCACCCUGCUUGCGGGUGUGCACACUCUGCUCCACCAAGCCCUCCGGCUGCCCCCCGCCAGCCUGAAGCCUGAAGCCUUCAAGGACCAGCUCCAGGAGCUCUCUAUCCCCCAAGACCUGGUUGGGGAGUUGACCAGCGUGGUAUUUGGGAGCCAGCGGCCCCUCCUUGAUUUUGUGGCCCAGCAGCAGGGGACCUGGCUGCCCCACAUGGCUGACUUUCGGUGGAGGGUGGAUGUGGCAAUCUCCACCAGCACCCUAGCUCGCUCCCUGCAGCCGAGUGUCCUGAUGCAGCUGAAGCUUUCAGAUGGGUCUGCACACCGCUUUGAAGUCCCCACAGCCAAGUUCCAGGAGCUACGGUACAGUGUGGCACUGGUUCUGAAAGAAAUGGCGGAUCUGGAGAAGAAGUGUGAGCGCAAACUACAGGACUGAACCAUUAUUUGGCCAGUCUCAUUCAGGUCAGCUGGGGAGGAUAGGCUUAGACAGGUGCCUCAGAUGGUGCCAAAUUGCAGCUGGCUCUUCCCAGGACAGCCCUGCCCUUCCUAUGAGGCAGACUUUUCAGUGAGAGUGUUUGAAUGUAAUUAUGUAAUCUUCUGUUUAAUUGAAAAAAGACAGCUGUGCCUUUCAUUUUUUGGAAGUAAAGCAAGUAUAAAAAAC